AUGCCGCGACCCAAAACCGACCAGGAGAUCCAGGUGGGCUGGGGUGACUUGCAAUGGAAAUUCAUGAACUGGUUCAACACUAAUACGGCGGCCAUUGAUCGAUGCUACUGGCCGGGUGCUGAUUGGGACGCGUUCGACCAGUUGGUCGCCAAGGAUUUCCCCCAAAAAGAGCAUCAAGAGGCUUUCCGCGUCUGGUCUGACGAGUGGUUGGACCGCCACACUCAGAGGAUGACUUACAAGAUGGAAGCCAAGGAAUUCAUUGCUCAAGUCAUGGCGACCAAUUUCACGAACAACCAAGCCGUUAGCGAGCUUUUGAAGACUAUCGCUUUGUACAACAUGCCUUGGGUUCCUAUCGGUACAAACCAGUUUGAAGGUGUCAAAUCCUAUUACGCGUUCAAGCCCAGUGUCGACUUUCUUAAACCGGAGCGCGUAGAGCAUGGACCAGAUGUCGUUGGCAAGUACAUGCUUACCAUGAAGGCCAAGCCCAAGACUAGUGCCGCGUCUGGUACCACGUCUGGUCUGACACCUGCUUCACCUUCCAGCAACGUGUUCAAUCCCAGCACCGGGUCAACCUCUGUUGGCGAAUCCGCCUAUCCACGCGCACGCUCUUCUACCACUUCUAAUGCUUCCCCCGCCAAAGAGAAUCCCGAAAAAGCUCCUGAUAAGGAUGAAUAUUUUGUAUUCGCUCAGAUCGGAACUCUCCAUGUCUAUGGGGCGGACUAUAUACCAGCAGUUCCGGGUAACAUGAAAAGAAUCAACCAAGGUCCCUGGUGGUCAAACGGAUUUGCCGUUGUUGUUGAGCUCAACAACAAAGGCGGGCAUGGAGCAGUCUACAUCGUGUACAAUCAUGCUCCUCUGAAAACGAAAGAAACGUUUCCAGAGUACGCUGGCCCAUCUGAAGGAGAUGAAACGGCUUUCGAAGGGGCAGCCGCAUACCAUGAGCCUGGGAAGGUUCACCCAAGUGUCAAGACGAAAUUCAAGGUCGCCAGGAUUGCGGACUCAAUUGUGCGCCUCGGGAAUCUUCAGAACAAUUUCCAAUUCAAUGUCCCCACCAGCAACUAUUACACACAGUUUUCUACCACCAAGAUUGUGACUGACAAGAAUGGAAAGAGGUCCAUCCUUCACGCCAAAGAUCCACCAAAGCCGCCAUCAAACGCAGGGAGCCCUACUCCAAAGCCGCCUCUCAACACUGGGAGUCCUGCUCAAAGACGGCCUCCAAACACUGGGAGCCCUACUCGACGACAGCCCCCACCCACUGAGAGCCCUACUCGGCGUGGUUUUGGUUGGUGA